AGCAUAAAUUCUCCUUCUGAUUUGCAAUUCCUACCACCAAACGAGAGAAUUAGAGCAGAGUGGGGAGAAAAAUGAAACAAACCAUGAUAAGCAAUAAUAAACCCUUGAGGAAGACAAGAACUUUUCUCCUUAAGAGGUCAGAAUCAAUGCAGCAACCCACAGAAUUUGUCCCUAGAAAGUCUCCUGUGGUCGAAUUCCCCACCUCUCCUCAACUGAUAUUUGGGGAGGAGAUGCUUCACUUCGGUCACCCACAGCAUCCUCUGUCCCAAGUUAACCUACCUGACCUUUUCACCUGUGCUGGCUGCAAAGAGUAUGGUGCAGGCAAGAGGUUCGUCUGCCAGCAAUGUAACUUUCAGCUACAUGAUUUUUGUGCCUUGGCUCCUCCUGCUCUAAAUAGCCACCCCUUUCACUUCCAACACCAACUUGUUUUGUAUUCUAAAUCAGUCAAAGGAGGAAUUGCACAAUCGAAGUGUGAUGUUUGCCACAAGCCCGCCAAAGGCUAUGCUUUCAGAUGCAGCACAUGUAGCUUCCAGAUGCAUCCUUGCUGUGCUAUGCUGUCUUCAGAAAUCAACUUGCAAACCCAUCCUCAUACCCUCAGGCUUUUGCCAGCAACGUCAUCAUCAAACGGCGACCCUAAUAGUAGCAGUAGUUUUGUUUGUGGAGAAUGUAGAAGGAAGAGGUCAGGGAGAGUGUACCACUGCACCGUCUGCAAUUACCAUGUUCAUGCAGUUUGUGCUAAGGACAUGAUCAAUGGGCUUCAUGACAAUGGCCACAAAGGCCGAGAAAAGCCAAGUGUGUUCGGGGCUGCUGCUCGCCUUGCAUCCCAAGUCGUCAUUGAAUUCAUCGGCGGCCUCAUGGAGGGGCUUGGGGAAGGAGUUGCUGAAGCCUUUGUUGAAAAUAUUGCCAGAUCAGGAAGAGCCAAUGGCAGAUCCAACAACAACUGAGUGGAACUACAUGCUUCAGUUCACCACCCUAUAAUAUUAUAAUGAAGAAUGGCAUGCACGAUAAUAUUGAUGAAGCCCUGGACUGUGGAGUCUAUAUAAAUGAAUUAAUUAUUAUUACCACAUAUGUUUAUUAUGAUUGAUUAAUAUCACUGUAAACAGCUGAUGGGCUCAGAUAUAUAUAUGUGUGUGUGUGCGCGUGCGCG